AUGAAGCUCAUCAUAACAGGCGCCACAGGAUUCGUCGGUAAAGAAGCCGUCCGCCAAGCUCUUCACAACCCCGCAGUGAGCUCGGUGGUAGUUCUUGCUCGCAAGCCUCUUCCGCAAGAUACUCCUGGACUCGAUGAAGGUAACGCGAAGUUACAAUGGGUUGUUCUUGAGGACUGGACGAGUCCCUACUCGGAAACUGUCAGGGAGCAUGUUAUGAAUGCCGAUGCGUGCAUUUGGUCCUUAGCAGUCACUCCCUCAAAAUCCAGAGAGAUGGACUUCGCAUAUGUCACCAAAAUUUGCUCUGACUACACUAUCAACGGCCUCAAAAAUAUGGCCGCUGUCGCGAAUAAACCUUUUCGCUUUGUAUAUGUAUCAGGAGUCACCAUUGAGCGCGACCAGAGCAAGUCUCUGACUUUCUUAGCCGAUUAUCGGCUCAUGCGUGGCCGAGUCGAAAAUGAAUUAUUGGAGUUUGCUGAGCAACAUAAACCCAAUGUCCAAGUCACUGUUGCGAAGCCUGGCGGCAUCGAAGGUCCCGGUGUGGCUAUCUCAACUGCUGCGAUGCAAGCCGUGUUCGCUUUGUUUGGUGACACGCCCACUAUCCACGUUUCGGAACUUGCGGCUGCUUUGAUUGAUCAGUGUUUGAAUGGUAUUACGGAGGAUCCUUUGUGGGCGAAGGAAUUGGUAAGAAUCGGUAAACGGGUAUUGCGAGACGAUGGCGGGCUGUAGUAAGCAAGUUUUUCUACUCGAGUAAAGUACAAGACUGCUUUUAAUCAUGUUUCUUGGCGGGAUUGUUCAGUGCUUUUCCCAAAGGUAAUGUGGCUUUGAGCUACUCGAAACCAUGUCGACUUUACUAUGAAACUACAC